GUCAUCGGGCUUGGUUUUUUCACAAACUGCAAAGUUUAUCAAAUUUUGUGAACAAAUCUCGAAAUUACGACGGAUUCCUGCAUAAAACUGUAAAAUCUACUUGCAAAGCCUACAAUGGGUGGCAAACCAGAGAACAGCCGAAGCAGCGGCGGCGGUGGGCUCCUUGUUUACGUGGGCAACAUUCCGAAGGCGGCCACCGAAGACCAGCUGCGUAAGUUCUUUCACGAGUGCAAGGGCAUCGUGGAUUUCAGCUUCCGGUUGGACGAUUGCACCUACUGCCCGACCAAGAUUGCCUUCAUGAAGUUCUCCAAUCGGCACGAUGAAAGCAAAGCGUACCGUCUGAAUCAGACGUUCUUCCAGGGUAAGCGGAUCUUCGUCACCAGCGUGGAUUCCGACCGGAACUUUACGCCCCGGUACGCUGUGAUGGUGAAACAAUUGAACGAAUAUGUCACGGAGGAAGACGUUUACGAUCAUUUCAAGAACAUUGGCGCAAUCGAGUGCGUUCAGAAGCCGGCAAUCAACUAUGCGUACGUUUCGUUUGAACGCAGUGAAAGCACCCAGCGUGCAUUGGCCAUAAAGAAUCGCAAUCUGAAGGGAGUGGACAUUGAAGUAUUCCCGGUGAAGAGGAAUAUCAGCAUGAUCAUGGAGAAACCGACGCUUCUGACGUACGCUGACAUCCGAGAUAAGUGUGACGCUUUGGGAUUAAGAUACGAACCAGAAUCAGAAACUCAGACUAAAUUACUUGUCACCAAUAUUCCCCGAAGCGUUCCGGAAGAGGAAGUCCUGGAAUAUCUGAGCAAAUUCGGGAAGGUUGUGGAUUGGGAGAUGCAGAAGUCGCCCAUAUCGGUUCUGACAAACAUUGGCUUUGUGACCUAUAUGAACCCGAAAACAGCUCGCUUCGUUUAUCUGUAUGCUCCGCACAACUUUCAGGGUGUUGCACUGGACAUCUACAACCCGCGGAUAGCGUAUGGUGAGGUCAAAUCUACGACGUCUGUGCUACUGAAAAGAACGAAUGUUUAUCUCACGAACGACGAAAUUUACCAGGCGAUGAACGAGUGCGGACGGGUGGCCUACAUCCACCGAGUGGAUUCGAUGCGAUAUUGCACCAUAGUGCGCUUCAAGUUCUCCAUAGCCGUGUCGCAAGCGCUGAAAAUUAAACGCCUAGCAGAUGAAAACGUCUACGUGACGAAGUAUUCCGAACAGAGCUACCUAACGGACAUGUCCGCCAUCCCGGAGGCAGUGCCCAAGAGCAGUCUUCGGUUGCAAAAGGAGUCCAUGCUGCGGAAAAUGAUAGAAAAGGAAGACCUCGCCGAGCUGGCACGCCUUCGAACAGUGCCCAAUGCCAAGUACAUUUGUCCAAAUACGGAGUUCUACAGAAAUGAAGUUCAAAUCAUGAACCACCCGGCCGGAUCUGGAUUAAUUCAAUUACGGGAAUAUUUCAAGAAAUGUGGAAACGUGAUCAACUUCCGCGAAGUGGUGAAGGGCGGUUACAUCCGGGAGGGAUUCCUGAGCUUCGAUACCCGGCUGGAAGCGCGGCGGGCUUGUACCAUGAAUCAGAACUUUAUGAACGGCAAACGAUUGCUGAUUCACAUGGCAAAUGAGAGUCUCUUCUUAGAUCCGGAACUGUGCGUCAUGGUCAUGGGAUUGAAUGCCCUCGUUUUGGAUGAGGACAUAUACGAUCGAUUUAGCGAUAUUGGUAAUGUCAAGUUUGUGCACCGGCAUUCUCCUGGAAUAGCCUGUGUGUGCAUGGAACAGAAGCGCUGGUUAGAGCCUGCCCUGCGGGUGAUCUUGAUCAACAAGCACCAGGUCAUAGUCAGUCGAGUUAACAGCAUGAAUCUUGCUGGGUCGUCCGGUGGUCCCCACAUGCAACAGUUUAUGCAACAGCAAACCAACAGCAAACUAUCGUAUCAUCCUACCGUGGUGAUAAAGGAUGUUCCACGACCGAACUUGCGACCAAUUGAAUUGGGACGGCCGAAUGUACAAGGACCGCGACCAAUGGAUCAGGGAGGACCGCGACCGAUGGGCCCUGGGAUGGGACCGAUGGGAGGUCCAAAAGGGCCAAUGAUGGGUCCUGGCGGUCCCAUGAUGGGGCCUGGUGGUCCCAUGAUGGGUCCUGGUGGACCGAUGAUGGGUCCUGGCGGUCCCAUGAUGGGACCAGGAGGUCCAAUGAUGGGUCCCGGUGGUCCUAUGAUGGGACCAGGAGGUCCCAUGAUGGGACCUGGUGGUCCCAUGAUGGGUCCUGGUGGACCUAUGAUGGGUCCUGGUGGUCCCAUGAUGGGUCCUGGUGGACCUAUGAUGGGACCAGGAGGUCCAAUGAUGGGUCCCGGUGGUGCUAUGAUGGGUCCCGGUGGUCCCAUGAUGGGUCCCGGUGGCCCCAUGAUGGGUCCUGGUGGACCGAUUAACCAAAACCCUCCCAUCGUCACUCCAGCAAUGCGACGUCUAAUGCAAAUGAUCGAGUCGCAAAUGAUCAACAUUCAAACGUUUAGCUCACUACCAAUGAUUGAGCAGUUCCGCCUCGUCCAUGGAGUUGUUAACCAAUUCAUUCAAGUACCACAAUUUGUCGAUAUGAAACCGGACGAUAAAAUCAGAUUCCUUAUCAGUGGACAGCAUGGUUUUGCAUAUGCCAAUACCUUCACGCUCUUCACCUAUCCUCAACAACUGCAACUGUUGGCUCUGAUUCAGCAGGAUUAUUGGAACACUAUCAACAGCACUCCAGUUCCGACAAUCAUGCAGGGAUCUGCACCCGAUCAAAUAAUGCAAUCGGAUCCUGUAGCCGUCAAUCCAGACCCUCCUUCCCUACAAGAAGAAGAGAUACCAGAUCCGAUGGAUGGAGAAGACAUAGUGGCUCCAUGGCAAAUUAAGUCCUCAAACCCACCGCCCCCAACAAAGACCACCCCUGAUAGAUCUAUUUACAACACAAUCCCAUUGUCCGCACAAGAUCGCUUCGAAAAGGCAGAAAAAUUACGCCUGGAGGUUGAGCUUAAUGACUCGAAAAACAGCGACAAAGUGUUGACUGUCAGUUCCGAUUCUGAUUCUGACUGUAUUCCUCCGGCUCCAGAACCUCCCCAGUUCAGCUCCAAGAAAUCUUGCUCGAUAUCCCCUUUGACUUUGCCACCUCGAUUGAGCAGGAUUCGAAGCUUGUCACCCGUCGAUCACUAUCGGCGAUCCCGGUCUCGAUCGAUUUCCCGUAGGCGCUUGUCCCGCUCACCGGACAGUAGAUCACCGCGGAAACGCAACAGCUUGAGUCCAUUCUCAAAAGCGCUGCUUUCAAGUCCUUUGCUACGAUACGAUCAGUCCGCUUCGAAUUCCCCUGAACGAUACAGACAAAAUCCAAGCCCGCCACUGCGCACCGCCUACCGCCCUGAUACAUCGUCUCGCGACAAAGAAAGACAACGAUCUCGGUCGAGAUCGCCAAUCCCAUCGUAUCGAUCUAGAUCACGAUCACCAUAUAGACCACGGUAUACAUCCCCGAGCAGGAGUACUCGCCACCGUCGCCAUCACCAACGGUCACGAUCGCGAUCACGAUCAAGGUCUGUUGGACGGCGAUCGGUUCGCAAAAGUCGAUCAAAAAGCGAAUCACCGCUGUCGCUAAGUCCACCACGGAAAAGUCCAUCACCAAAGAUGUGGGAUGAUCCUACGCUUGCGAAGCAGCCUCCAAGAUAUACAUUUAACUUAGAUACAAUCAGCGGAUCUACCAACAGCCUAUUUGUCGGAAACCUACCGUUGGAUACUACGGAGGAGCAAAUGUUGGAAAUUUUCGGGAAAUACGGACAGAUUGUGUCGUUCAAGUUUGCUACUCAGAACAUCGGAACGAAGCGUGCCUACCUGCGAUUCGAUACGUAUGAUCAGGCACUGAAGGCACUCGACAUGCAUCUGAAGCAGUAUCGCGGCCAUCUGGUGCGGGUGGCUUUCAUGAACAAGCGCCAAAAGGAGCGGCCAGGAUACUCCAUAAUUGUACAAGUAGCGAGAAAGCACUAUGACGAAAUUGUCAUCUACAACACGUUCAAGCUAUGCGGUGACAUUUCGUACUUCUGGACGCGUUUCAGCAAUACUACUGCUGGUAAGAUAGCGAGAGUCUACGGUGUGAUCGAUUUCAAACACCGGGAUGCAGUGCGGGCAGCCCGCGAAACGUACAAACUUGUGAAUGGGAAAAGGUGCACAGUCGCUGCAAUUAUGUAGUAACGAGCUACCCUCUUCACCGUUCCGGGGGUAUCUUGGGAUAAGAUCUCAAUGACUCACGCGACGGACCUUGGGCAACCUUGGGUUUCGGAAUGGAUUUCCGAGCGUCGAGUGGUGAGUACCGUUUCCAUUUUAAUAGGUGAAUCCUAACCUUAUUUUAGCAUUUAGUAUGAGAAGAAGAUAGGCAAUAGGAAUGGAGCUUAGAUGUGAGGUUACGUUAAGCAAAACUCUGUUACACAGGACUAGGAGGACUUCAGAUGUGUACCACUAGGAUAAGGCUAAAAGUUAUCUAUGUUCUUGCAUUGAAAUGUAAAAUUUAGGAACAUUCAAAGGAAUGCUAUUGACUAAAUCCUUAAUGUGAUUAG